CUUGCUGUUUCUAUUCGAUACACUCUUCAUUCAACCUCAUUUAACCCCCUCGGAGCCCAGGAUGGUGACAAUGCGCAAUUCGUGGAGUCCUUUUGUCGUGAGCGCGCCUGGCAAGGUCAUUUUGUUUGGCGAGCACGCAGUCGUCUAUGGCAAAACGGCAGUGGCUGGCAGUUUGAACCUGCGAGCAUAUGCGCUGGUGACGCCCCGCGACGACGCAACCGUCAGGCUUGUGCUACCCGAUAUCGACAUCGACGUGCACUUCAGCACCCACACGCUGCCGCAGAUCCGCAAGGAGGACCUGGAGCAUCCAGCAGAAAUCGAGUCACUGGUAACAGAGGCCAUCACGGUUCCCGUGGGUCCGGGCCGCACGGCCAUUCUGACGUUUGUCUACCUGUAUGCUUGCCUGUUCUGCAGCGAGGACCGCACCAGCGGCUUCACAAUCACCGUGCGGUCGCUGCUGCCGGUAGGUGCCGGGCUGGGCUCAUCGGCGGCAUUCAAUGUUGCGCUGUCGGCGGCGAUGCUCAAGCUGACUGGGCAGCUUUCCGAUGAGGGCUCGUCGGCAGGGGACAAGCAGCUUAUUAAUGAUUGGGCGUUCCGUGGCGAGCAGGUGGCACACGGGACGCCUUCGGGGAUUGAUAAUGCAGUGGCCACGUACGGCGGGUUUGUGCGGUACAGGAAGGGCGAGGAGCAGACUGACCUGCAGAGCACGCAGGCAUUGCGCGUUCUGAUCACAAACACAAAGGUCCCCAAGAGCACCAAGGCGCUGGUCGCCAGUGUGCGUGUACUGCGGGACCGCCACUCACCGAUCAUCGACGGAAUCAUGGACGCAAUCCACAGCAUCAGCACUAAGGCUGCCAAUCUGUUUGGUGGACCCGAUGCAGGUGAUCUCGAAGUGCAGCUGCAGGACAUGAUCCGCAUCAACCAUGGCCUGCUGGCGACCCUGGGCGUCAGCCAUCCGGCGCUGGAGCGCGUGCGUGACAUCACCGGGACCCGCGGUAUGGCCUCGAAGCUCACUGGUGCUGGUGGCGGUGGCUGCGCAUUGACGCUGAUCCCGAAUGGCCUUCCCAGCGCCGAGGUUGAUGCUGCGGGCAAAGAGCUUGCCGAGGAGGGCUUCCAGUGCUACGAGACGAAUGUCGGUGGCCCGGGCGUCCUGGUGCGCCUGGAGGUCAAGGCGCUGUCAGUCGAGCUGUUCGUUCGCAAUGCGCUUGAUCGCCAUAUGUCGCUGGCUCCCAGCGGCCACCGGGACGAGACCGGCGACCAGUACAGCGGCGUCAUCUCGGCAUUCACCAUUCUCCCCCCAGAUGCUAUUUCCGAGCUGUCGCAGUGACAUGCUCUCAACAAUUUCACACACUUCAAUUAAUUGAUCACCUCAAGAUGUUCAUAUCUAGACAUGCAAUCAGACUAUGCCUGCAAAACGCCC